CUAGGGGCGGGGUUGGGCAGCAGGCCAUGGGCCCAGCACAUAACUCUGGGCGGCUGCUGUCUGAGGCCCGCAGACACCCAGCCGAUCUGAGCAAACUGCCAUCAUGAAGGCUCUCCUGGCCAUGCCGCUGCUGCUGCUUCUCUCAACACCUCCUUGUGCCCCCCAGGCUUCUGGGAUCCGGGGAGAUGCUCUGGAGAAGUCUUGCCUCCAGCAGCCUCUGGACUGUGAUGACAUCUACGCCCAGGGCUACCAGACAGAUGGGGUGUACCUCAUCUACCCAUCUGGCCCCAGCGUGCCAGUGCCUGUCUUCUGUGACAUGACCACCGAGGGCGGAAAGUGGACGGUUUUCCAGAAGAGAUUCAAUGGCUCAGUGAGUUUCUUCAGGGGCUGGAACGACUACAAGCUGGGCUUUGGCCGAGCGGAUGGGGAGUACUGGCUGGGGCUGCAGAACAUCCACCUCCUGACACUGAAGCAGAAGUAUGAGCUGCGAGUGGACUUGGAGGACUUCGAGAAUAGCACGGCCUACGCCAAGUAUGUGGACUUCUCCAUCUCCCCCAACGCCAUCAGCGCUGAGGAGGACGGCUACACCCUCUACGUGGCAGGCUUCGAGGAUGGCGGGGCAGGAGACUCCCUGUCCUACCACAGUGGCCAGAAGUUCUCCACCUUCGACCGGGACCAGGACCUCUUUGUGCAGAACUGCGCAGCCCUCUCCUCAGGGGCCUUCUGGUUCCGUAGCUGCCACUUUGCCAACCUCAACGGUUUUUACCUGGGUGGCUCCCACCUCUCCUAUGCCAAUGGCAUAAACUGGGCCCAGUGGAAGGGCUUCUACUAUUCCCUCAAGCGCACUGAGAUGAAAAUCCGCAGGGCCUGAGGACCAGGGUCUCAUCCCUCUCCGGGCUGCCCUGUGUUUCCAUAAUUGCUCCACCCCGACCCCACCAGCCCCCUGCUUCUGCUGCUUCCUGAGCACCAGCUUCUCAAAGGCCUUGCAACUCCAAGCCCAGGCUGAUCCCCAUUACACGCCCAGGUGUCCAUUUCUAACAUAGGCUCUGUUCCUUACUGCCUGAGGCUAGCUAGCCAGCAGCCCCCUAGGCUUCUUCUGAGGCACAGGUGUGCCAGCCUGGAUAUGGAUGGGCUCCAUAAAACUGAGUUACCUGGACUCUUUUCCAACA